GUGGCCGCCAUUACUGUGGUGUGAACUGUUCAUCCAACGUAGAGAUUCGAUUUGUGUAGCUUUCUGUCCUCUUGUUACACUGUCUCUACAAAAUAGUCUCAAGCAGCAUCUCCCGGUCAACACAGUUAAGAACGGUCUUUAUUGGUCACUGUCAUCACGAAUCCUCUUCACCAUAUUCUUUCUUCGUCAGCUUCCUCACUGUUAUCAUUGCUGUCGCAGUUGUUUGGUGAUAAGUCUGGGGGAUCACCAUGGUGACGCUAGGAGUUCACAACAAACGAUUACCUCUUGAGGACGUCUUGGCUAGGAAAAUUCGGGAAGAAUUCGUGAGAACAGUGGACCCUUCUCUUCUCAUCCCCAAUCUUCCUCACAACCUGCUGACAGACGUUGACGAGGAGAUGAUUCAAGCAAAGCAGGACACUCACGGCCGGACCCACGCGGCUUGGCUCAUGUUACGUCGGUUGUCAAGAAGAGGGAACUGGGUGCCUGGUCUACAGCUAGGACUAUGCAGCAGCCAGGUGCGACUGGAACACCUGGCCCAAAAGAUUGAGGACCUGUUAUGUGAGGUGGCGAUGGAGGUGGAUUUCGUCGAAGAAGAAGAAAAUGACAUGGAAGUUGACCAUGACAGUCCACUUUCUCCGCGUACUGCGGGACUUAAUCUUGAUGAACCACUUUUAAAUGAGCUGGAAGGACGCCAUCUUAGUGACCUUGUAGACGAUCAAGUCCAAAGGUUUCAGAAGGCGGUCAUAUCAGCUAUCGCGGAAACCUUUUUCACAACUGUUGCCAAGGAACCACAGCAUGUGACGCAUUUAAUCGAGCUUUACAAGAAUAUUGUCAACACCAUCAGCGCCACGUCUGUGACUGUUGGCUGUCUACAUGUAGGCCUGCGUAUGAACUAUGUGAGUGACGUCAGCACAAUCCGGAAGUUUCUGGAGGGCGGGUCGCUGGUGCAGCUGUUGGAGCACGGCCUGCUGACGGAGGAGCGGCGCCGCUGGCUGAGGGAGCAGGCGGCCGGCUAUGGACUGAUAUGGCGGCGGAUUGGGCUCAGAGUGGCCAUUACGGAGGACAACCUCAACCACUGUGAAGCUUUCCUGAAAUGGGUCAACGAGCCCUCACUUGCCCGGUCAGUGGGAGAAGCGCUGCUGUUCAACCUCCUGUCCACAUGUCCGCAGGCGAGCGCCAAGAUGUACCACGUGACCCACAUCCCCCGCCUGCUGAGGUCUUUUCUAGACUGGCUAGCCACCCAUCACCCAGUCUUGGCGACAACAGUAGCAACGGAGUUAGUUGACAGGCCUUGGGAAAAGGCUUUGAUCUUUGCUAUGAAAGCUUGCAGGGAGUUUUUUCGAUUAGACGUUGACUACGUCGCCGACUUGACAACGAUCGUGUCGACGCUUUUUGUCAAACUCAGCCAGGAGAAAGUCGUCGCCACGGCAGGGGUACAAAUGGGAAUGGACACUGGGCGGGAGGGGGAAGCAAUGGUAGUACUGGACGUACAGGAGUUGUCACACUUGUCUUUAGACUUCCUCCCCGCGGCUGAGCGACUGCGCACUGCCGGCCUUCUCGUGCCCGUCACGUCAUCAGGUCACCUGGGGCGGCUCACCUUCUGUGACCCCUUUGUGGCGGACCAUGCGAUCAGUAGCAUGGUGUCUAGUUUGCCUGCUCCUGACGACAAACAUUUGUCCUUUGCCUUAGGAGUUGGCUCCCAUCACAUAGUCCUUCACCUCCUCGCGAAGGAUGACACCUCUCCCUCACAACCCUUGACGCUACCCUCAAUGCUUGUCUCUAGUGCCGACACGUCACUCUCACAUCCCCUAUCUUCUCCAAGUGACACUACGCAGCUGCUGCUGGAUUGUCUCUCUUGCUAUGACACUUCACAUCCAGCCUUUGAGUUGGUGGCAGCACUUUCCCCAGAGUGGCCUCCACCUGCGCAUAUUGCGGUCAGCACGUGUCCCGCCCUCACACCGGCCCUCAAGCGGAAGCUGCGUCACCUAAGGCUUGACGACGUCGACUGGGAGACGACAGAAACGACGCUGCAAGCUGUGGUGUCGGCCACCUGUCAUGUUGACCUCAGCAGAAAGCUCAGCGACGCUACAGAUGUGGAGCUGCGGGCCGUGCUUGCAUGCACUCAGCUCACCAACUUACCCGGUCCUCUCGUCCUCCGCCCCAUGCUUCUGUCGGUCGCCUGGCAGGAUCGAAGCCCGCGGCGCCUGGCCAGUCACCCGGCCCUGAAACUCUGCAACAACCGCCUGCAGGAACGCCACGUGUGCUGUCUAGAGACCGCCAUGUUAGGCUUGGAGUCGGUCGCUCACUUUGAUCUGUCGGACUGCGAGGUCAGCCUGACCCAUCUUCAGCGGCUGCUGGACGCCAUGCCCUGUCAUUCGGUUCAAGAACUGGUCUUAAACGGUAUACGCCUGACAGACGACAAAGAAGGACAACUCCCCAAGUUUUCUCACCUGGGAAAACUACGCAGCUUGAUGCUGGAGCGUACUGGCCUUCGCGACAAACACCUUCAGCACUUGGGACGACAACUCCAGGCACUUCCCGACUUGCGCGAGCUUUCCCUAGCCUCAAAUGUCAUCACCUCGACAGGGUUGUCACACUUGGUGCCGGCUCUGGCCUCGCGCUCCACCUUGCGGCUGCUGCGAUUGAGUGAGUGUGAGCUGGACGUCGGGUCGGCCUUCGUGAUUGGAUGCAUUCUGGCCGCCGCACGUGAUUUGCACGUGAUCAACCUAAACGCCUGUCACCUUCAAGACGAUGGGCUCCAGCACCUUGUGCGAGUUCUUCACGACAAACUGCGACUAACCAAAGUGUCCCUGUGGCAGGGGGGUUACUCUACUGAAGGGCUAAUGCCUUUGCUGAAGCAUCUGUCGUUGUGUCACAACAUGCAGUUCCUAGAACUAGGGGAGUGCACUCUGGUGGAUGACAUGGCUGACCUCGGAGACAAACUACUGAUGACUUUAGCUGAAUCGGACGUGUGGCACUACCUUGGUCUAUGGAAGUGCCACCUGGGCAAGAGCCGCUACUUCCUGCAAGGUCUGGGUGGACUCACUACACAGUUGCGGGGCCUGGACAAGCUCGUGCUACAGGAGAACGACUUGGACGACGACAGCUUCAGGCUUCUGGCGGACGCCGUGCGCCGAGGCGUCUUCAAGUACCUUCGUCACCUGAACCUCAUCCACAAUCCUGUGACAGAAAGUGGCGCCGUCUACCUGGCUGAUGUACUUCACUGUCUGCCUCGACUCCAGGAACUUCUUCUUCAGUAUUCUAAUAUUUCGCCCCAGGGAGCGUUGCGCCUGUCACAGGCCGCUCUCAACCUUCCCGACAUGACCGUCCUUGACCUGUCAGAAAGUAGCUGCAUGACGUCAGACGAUGCGCGUGACGUACUACGUGAGGUCAUUGCCGCUGUGCACGAGGGAGGCGUAGUGGCAGGACACGGCGUAGCCUUUGUUGCCGUGGAGGGCGAUCUAGAAGAUUUUCUGCUGCCCCAGGCGGAAGAAGCGGAAAUCUCGGUACCUCACAGGGAUGUUGUACAGGAAGAUGGAGAAAGAAUUGCACAAAAAGGGGAACCUGCGAUAAUCACAACAACAGCCACAGAGCAGCCAUUUACAGAGAGAGUUGCGUCCCCUCAACAGUUUACACGUCAAAACGCCAUCGUCAACAUUGAGGUCGGAGAGGUAGUUGUUGACGAUAAGUUCCACAUCAAGAUCACACGAAAAUUCUUCUGAUUUUAUUAUCUCAUCGUAUAAAACCUGAAACACAUGAAUAGAGCUGACUGAAACUGAUUGUAAUGAGUUGUGCAGGUCUGAUGGUGUAUGUGUGGUGUGUGAGUGGUUUUGUGUGUGAUGUACCAGUGGUGUAUGUGUGUGUGAGUGAGUGGUGUGUGUGUGGCGUGCGUGGAGUAUGUGAGCAGUGUGCUUGCUGCGCUUAACAUCUUUUUGUGUGGCAUCUGGAUGAUGCUAUUUUCAAGAAAAACAAACGACAUGAAGAGGCAGUUGAACGUCUGCUUGAAACUGCUAGAGGUCGGUCAGUUGGUCGGUCUAGAACUAUAUGAGAACAACAAACAACAACAUUCUCGCUCUAACAUCCGACGUGCGAGUUGUUGACGUCUUAGUGCAGCUGCUAAAAUUGGACUUUCUCUGUACUUGCUCCAUCCUGACCGCUGUCCAACAUUAACGGUGCUCACUCCCCACCUCUGUGACUACAUCUGGUCAAAUGUCUGCAUUGCUCAUCUUUACUUCAACUGAAGAUCAACACUUUCCACUUUUCUUCACCUCUAUCUGCAGGGCCACGGAAGAGACCUGCACAGUCUGACUGUGUCCAGCUCUUUCCACUUUUGACUGUGCGCUGGCGGAGAGAACAUUUGUCGGCCAUUUUCAUCCGUUUUCCUCCGAUUGAGGAGAACUGGAGAGAAGGUGGGGAGUGUUUUGAGAGAAUAAAGUUGCUUUCACUCCUUUGUACCAAAGAUGGACAGUAGUAACUUGCUUAGGAGCAGCAUAUUAUUCAUCAUCUCAACUUAACCCUAAUUUAAUAAUUAUAUUGGCACUUAAUAAAAAAGCAAGUUUAAAACAACAAUGAUUAUUUUUGUGUUUUGCACAAUGUAUUUUAUGUAUCUAAAUGAUACGGGGACAGACUCCUUUUAAUAUUAGGAGAGUGGUCCGGUGGCCCAACGGCUAUCGCCUGUCAUUAACACAGCAAGGCUGUGUGUCGUUGUUCCUCGUGUUCCGGCGUGUGUCGCCGAUUGCCAACGUUCCUGCUUUUUACAAGUGAGGGAGACCAUUGUAUGAACUGUAAAUAAAGUGUUUGAAACUCUCUGACCGCAAGGACUCAAUUAUACUGGUCAAAAGUCAUGUUACUGAAAACAAAUAGUUAUUUCUUAACGAUAUUUAUGUGCUCAACAAGAAUAUGUCAACCAAAA